GCUAAUGUUCCAAUAAUUUGGAGCCGACCAGCCUUCGACGGCUUAAUGAACGAACCAACGGAACUAGCCUCGCCUACUUUUUCUUCUCCUUUACCUCUCGGCUCGUUAGUCUCCUUUGCUUUGGGAGACUUUUAAACCGCGUGUAUGCAAGAUCGAGAGGGCGAAUCAGCGCGGCGAUAGCCGAGCGAGUGUACUCGCGAUAGUUCACAACUGCCCUCGCCCGCGAGACUCGCACUUAAUAUCCGGCUGCUUGGACUUGAGCCAAUACGCUUGUACAUAUACUUUAAACUCCGAGUGCACUUCAGGUAAAUUGUCGCGAUAUAAAUUCUACUCCGAGCCCUACCGAUGUCUCGAUUCAUUAUUUCAAACACGAAAUGCCUGUUAUGAAUUCGAAUUAUCUUUAACGCUUGUUCAUUGUCAAAAAAUAAUGAAAGAAUGAUUUAAAAUCGAAGAAAAUCUAUUAUCGCAGUCCUUUUGACGAUUUAAGCAACUUUUCCGAGCGUUUUUUGUCAGAAGUUUUUGUGCACGACUCUCAAAUGUGUUCCGAGUUUGAAAACAUCUCGGAGGCAGUGAGAAUAUGCUGACUCCAGUGCAAAUCUGCUUUGACUUAUGAGUGUGUUUUUCUUAGUGAUUAUUCACGGACCGGUGAUUCAGAAUCUCCAGUAAUUCUGAAUCCGAAUUAACAUAAUCGGAGUAGCAAUAAAUUGGAAAUAGUUCUUUGACUUGUGACCCGAAUCUGCGAGGUCGCACGGUGUUAUUUCAAGAUUUCACAUUUCGCGUCGCUAUCGGUCUUCCUGCCAGGAAUUGCCAGCGACAGAAUUUUCUAUUUUCAAAUCUAUAAAUACUCCAUUUUUAAUCGAUUAUGAUGCUCCUUCGAACAUUAUUGUAAAGAUUUGAUCGAAAAGCUCGGAGGGUUCGGAACAGCAAAAUCGAACGUCCGAACAAACUACCUUCGUACUACUCGAACGAGCGUUGAUUUCUUAGGAGCAGGCUCACGCAGCGUCGAGGGUGACCCGACUGUAUAGAGGAGUCCCCCGAGUUAUUCAAGUACGACGAAAACGCUAUAUCGUCGACGAUAGAAGGUCGAGAUUACGCACGGAUAUAUAAAUAUAUAGUUGUAUUUCUUUUUUUUCCUACGACCCAGAUAUAUACUUUCGGGGACAGCAGACUAAAUUAAUGACUUCAAUCUUGUUCCUAUAUUCAGAGGUCAAAAUCGACGGUUUCGGUGCAAUUUUUGACGUUAGUUUUGGUUUACGCGAGUAAAGGCGAAUGAUCGAAUCAAAAAGGAUCGACGAUUUCUUACAUUUUUUCAUGAAACUGUCGAAACGAGUACUUUUUACGUGAUUUUUCGUUCGGCUAUCGAGAGCACAAAUUUCGAGUUUGAAACUCAAUUUUGGAGUUACGAACAAAGAGGUGGCUCGAGUAUCGGAACCAGUAUACUCCGUAAGAAAUGACCCGACGUAGUCGAUCGAACUCGAGUCAAGAUAACUUCUCUUACCAACUAAUUUUGAUGAAAAACUUCUCGAUUGUCGAGAAAUAACUUCCGGCGAGGCUGGGCGGGGGUAGCUCCUGAAGGUUUUUUGAAUUUUUCUCUCGAUAACAAUUCGAACGAAUGAAAAGGGGAGUAAAAUUUCACGGAUCGACUCCGAGGAGUUGGCGUUCAAAGUUUCUCAAAUUUUCCUUUCUCGAUACAUUUACCGCAUUGCUCCAGUGUCAGUAUAAAUAUUCAGGAGGAUUGAGACAUAAAGGGGGAGGCCCCCCGAGGAGACGUAUGGCUCGAGUGCGUGUCGUAAUAUUUAUUUCUGCAGAAAAAAAAAGAAAUUUGAAUGCAGCGAGAAAGAAGCAUGGAAAGAGAAAUAAAAAUAUUCGCACACGAGAAUCGGCAUUGAGUAAUUGGAAAUACGUCAUCGAAGAAUAAGGACGAGCGUUUUUCGGCCAACAUUUGUAAAGCUUUUAACGAAAAGCUCGUCGAGGUAUCGCGUACAAUACGGCAACGCAACACGGUAAAAGUGGAAGCGUCCGUUGAACAUCGGGCAAGGCGAGUAGGCAGUAGUAGUAGCCCUUGGGGGGGCUUGGGUCAGUCAGUAAGAACGCGUUCGCGCUCACGCGAAGACGUUCGGCCUCGGCUCUGAAGGAACCGAGGCGUUGGUGUGUUCGUGCUGAUGGUGUGUCUACGUGUGCAGUGUGGCUAGUGUGACUGUGUAUUUUUGCUGCAGGUGCUUCUACUGAAAACAAAUAUCCGGCGGUGUCGAAUUUUCUGCCUACUUUAAACUUAAACGUACGAAAAUAAAGAGCGGAAAGCUUAUGAGACAGAAGGCCGGAGAGGUAUUUAUGAAAGAGAGGAGAACGCGAGGAAGCGAAAGGGGGAGGAAGGUCGGGUGGAUUUAACGGAUUUUCACACCCCGAACGAAUGAAUUAAGAUCGAAAAUUUCGAGAUCAAAGUUACGUCAUAUGCAGCUGGCUGACAGCUGCCCCUACAUUCCCGAGCAGGAUGAGACGUUUCGACGUGGAGCGAAAUGACACAGGUGGAGGAAGAGGUUUUCGCAUCAUCGAAGGUGGAGGGCGCUAUCUCGAGCCCCUCACACCGCCCCCGCCCCCGAGGGCACCGGAACCCUACAAGGUCGUGCCCUCCUCCUCGGCCCUCGGGCGCGCUCACAGACGCUCCAGUUUCGUGAUAAUUGCGGAAACGAGGCCGGCGACACCGAGCUCGAGAAGUCCUUCGCCGACCUUGUUACCCACUGGACGCGUCUCACCUUUUCGAGGUCGCGGCUUCAAGGGACCAUUGCCGCAUGCUCAGUCGAGACCGCAGAGUCCGGACAAUCGGCAACGGGCUGGCCGAGCUUAUGGCCGGUACGACAGAAGAGCUUCCGUCUCGCAACAAAAUAGCCCGAAGCGAAGUCUGAUACCGCAGCCGACGAGAAGAAGGUCGGUGUCCCUCUCGAAAAACAACGAGACGAAAGAAGCGUCUCCGAAAUUCGGAAGGAGGGCUCAAGUACCGCGAAAAAUUGUCAACGGCCCGAACCAAUUGAGCGUGGGGGGCAACGUAUCGCGGCGGCAUUCGCUCAGAGCCCCGGAUCUUUCACCGAUUCAGGGAACGCCGACGAGGCCGAACGAGACGGCUGCUCGUUUCAGAAGUGGCAAUUCUCUCGUUGCCAAAGUUUCUCCCGUGAAAACGAGAAAUAAUCUGACGGUGCCGAAGAUCAAUGGGAAUGGGAGAAGAACCACGAGCCAAGAUCGACCGCCGGUCCAAAAGGUCGCAAUAAGAGGGGGACGGAGGUUCAUCGAGGAUAAGAAAAGUAACGUUGAGGAUGAUUCGAGAACGAAAAUCCCGGUCAGGCGGGGCUCGAUCGUCGCCAAAAACGGUGCGAAUCUUCCAACGAAUCGUUUCAUUGCGAAAAAUCCACCGAAGCCUGCUGCGAGAGCUGUCAAAGCCAAAAACGACGUCAUCGAGCAGCAAACGGUGUCAAGUGGCGAUGGAAAUCUUCCAGGAAGUAGCGAUAAUAGUAAGGAGAAUGAAAAAUCGAGUCUCGUUCGAGCCGAGACGCCGCCCUCGGAGUCGAAGAAUCGCGAGAGCGAUUUAGGCCUGAUAGACCUUCUGAAACAAUCUUCCGGAGCGACUGGAACUUCCAGUGUUGUAAAUACGACGACGACGACGGCCGUGCAGCCUCUCCAGAUCGACGGCAUAAUGUUGGAAAAGGAUCGAGAGAACGGGGACAAGAAAAAAUCGACGAGCACACCAUCUCCGGGGAGCUUGGAGCCCUCGCCGAGCUCAGGCCUCUCAUCGCUCGUUAUCGGAGAGAACGCGAACCCUAAAACAACGAAAACAGGGAAUAAAAACGAGGGAACAUCGAGCGGUGAGAAAAAAAAUGAGGCUCGAGAGAAAGACUCCGGGGGAAGUUCGACGACGACUCAGCUCGCUAACAACACUAGCCAGAGGAACGCUUCCAAGCUCGAGGACCCAACGACGACGAAAUCGGCUCCGAAUAAAGAGCAAAGCAAUGCGGCGGCCAACAACGGACAAGCAUCGAGAGAAAAGACUCUGGUGGGAGCGAGCGGAAAUUCGAAAAAGAAUCUCCUCGGUAAGAACGGCGCUCAGGAGGGUAGGCGAGGAGAGACGAGACUUCCAUCGGGUAACCCUGGAUCACGGAGUAAUCAUUCCAAUGGUACUGGUAACGCGAACCAAAAGAGCGUUGCUAGAGAGCCUCCCGGAAGUGGGAGGACGGAAACUAUCAGGACGGUGGAGAAUUCGAUUUCUGGAAAAGCCGAGACCGCCGGAAACGUCGUGCAAACUGUUGCGGCUGGAAAUUCGAUCAGCGAGAAUACCGACAAUCCGAAAAAUGGACCCGAAGCCGAUUCGACUGUUCCCAGGAACGUUGCCGCCUCGAAAAACUCCGUCACGACGACAACAAACGCAUCGGUCCGUCCCGACGAUACGAACGCCGACAGCAAUAAAUCUCGGGGCAGCGACAAUUCACUCAAAUCAUCCAACGGGAUGUCCACCGUUUCCGCUGACAGCGUCAGAUCCACCGAUACCGGCGUCAGCGUCAAUACCGUCAAGGGCGUUUCCUCCGCCAGAGAGAAAAGGGGCAUGCACGUCAUGAAGAGGUCCGACGAGAUCGAAACUCUCAGUGGGAACGUCAUGCAUCUCGAGAGAAAUGGCGAGCCAGCUAUUCUCGACAUCGCCGAGGGUCCUGAGCUCCCGGAAGACCAGACGCGGCUCGGGAGAUUUAGAAAAUCUCUGAGCCGCUUUCGCGAUCGUUUUCCAAACAUGAGGUGCCUCGGGUGUCGGAGGAAUCAGAAAGGGCAGGCCUGGAUGGGAGAACGACCGAGGCAAACCGAAGCUGCGCAACGAAACGAGCCUCCGAAUUCCGAAGCUUCGAAACAUCCUGGAAAUUCCAAGUUGAGUCGAGUGUGGACGAGCUUCAAACAUUCGUGCAGAUGCACUCGAUUACGCGAAUGCCAAUGCUGUCGACGCACAGCUCGAAUCACACCGGUCGAGAGCGCUUCUUGUUGUCCACCCGAAAGGAGAUGCGGUGCCCUUUGCGGAAGACUCUUUUCGUGCUGCAAAUGUUGCAAUAGGUCCGAGGCUCAAACCACGAGGAGCAUACGUGCCAAACAUAGUCUUACGAGCGUCGCACCGCCACCUCUGUCCGAGGAGCACAGAGCAAAAAUACCGGAAGUUCUCGUCGAGCACAAUUCCGUGAUGCGCGGAGCGAUUCCCUGCCUUCCAGUGCCCAUCGCAUGGUUCUGUCUCGUUUGGAAUGUUCUCGUACCUGGAUCUGGAACCGUGUGGAGUGGCUUUUUUACGUUGUGCGUUGGACAACCAAGAUUUUCGAUAACCGCCGGGCCCAGAGCAAGGUUCGGGGCCCUCGUUGUAAAUCUCAUCGUCGGCGUUAGUCAGUUCUUCACUGUACUUUUCUGUCUGGUCGGAUGGGGCUGGAGCAUUUGGUGGGGCGUCACUAUGAUUCGUUUGGCCCGAAAGUACAAGAGAUUCAGAGCUUCCGAGGCAGCGAACAACGACUUGGAGGCUCGGGGUGGAGACCAAACGGGGAUAUCAGGUGGCGUACCGAGCGUAGCUCUCCGUGGGAUGGAACGUGCCCGUUGAAGCUCCUUAAAUUCGGAAUAUUGCUGUGAAGCAAUAGCGGAAAAAAAUUUUGCUGACCUCCAUUCGGGCCUCUCAGUUAUAUGAAAAUGUGGCUGCGUUUAAUAUCGAAAAGAAAAGCUAGCAAAAAGCGGGAGGGGGAGAAGAAAACGAAGAGAAAAAAUGGGCAUUGAAGUCUCUUGAAACGCAUAUAUUCGCUUUCAAUGAAAGCAUCCAUAUUGGUAUUCCGAGCCAAGCGUUAUUAGAGAAUUUCAUCGUUGCAUCGUAUCCGCUGUAUUGAAAAGCUAUUGUCAUCGUUAUUAUCAUGCUCCCAUAUAUUUGCUGGAAAUCAAUAGUUUUUUUUCCCCUCUAAUCGCCUCGAAACCUCGAUGCAUGCGACGAUGAAGUUCUUCGAUAAGGACCUUUAUAUUUUUACAUACACCUUAUAUGGAUAUGUAUACAAUGCAAUUAAAUAAUAGAACAUGAAACAUAGUUAUUUGAAUAAAUGAAAGACUACAACAACAACAACAACGACAAAAACGAAGCAAGAGAAUAAAUUUUACUCUCGAAGA